AUGCCAAAACUAAUGGAUACGACGAAUCGCACAAUGAUAUCUGAGUUUGUUUUGCUGGGACUCUCCAGCACUUGGGAACUUGAAGUUUUCUUUUUUUUCAUAUUUUUGUUGGCCUAUGCAGCAAUCGUGGCAGGAAACCUUCUCAUUGUGGUCACAGUAACCUUUGACUCUCACCUGCACUCCACACCUAUGUACUUCCUCCUUGGAAAUCUCUCCUUUCUUGAUCUGAUCAUAUCCACAAUCACAACCCCUAAGAUGAUCACAGAUUUCCUGAGUGAGAAGAAAACGAUUUCCUUGUGGGGCUGUAUGGCUCAGAUGUUCUUCCUCCACUUUUUAGGAGGGGGCGAGAUGACUCUUCUCAUCGUUAUGGCCGUGGACAGGUACAUUGCAAUAUGCAAACCUCUUCACUACACAACCAUCAUGAACCGCCGGGUACUUACAGGCUCUGUGCUGCUGUCAUGGGGCGUGGGUUUUGUGCACACGAUGAGCCAGAUGGUUUUUACUAUCACCUUGCCUUUCUGUGGCCCCAAUGUAAUAGAUAAUAUAUUUUGUGACCUACCUCUCGUUCUGAAACUUGCAUGUACUGAGACCUAUGUUCUGGAAUUGCUGGUCAUUGCUGACAGUGGACUGCUGUCUUUCGUCUGCUUCGUGCUCCUUCUCAUUUCCUACACGGUCAUUCUGGUGACCGUCCGGCAACGAUCCUCUGGUGGACUCUCCAAGGCUCUGUCGACUCUGUCUGCUCACAUCACUGUGGUCACUCUGUUCUUUGGGCCAUGCAUCUUCAUUUAUGCGUGGCCAUUUAGUAGCUUUUCAGUGGAUAAAUUUCUUUCUGUAUUUUACUCGGUCAUCACACCUUUACUGAACCCCAUUAUUUAUACCCUGAGAAAUCAGGAGAUGAAAUCAGCCAUGAAUAGACUAAGGAAACAGCAUGUAAGUUCCAGACUGAGCCUCUAA